AUGAAGACAAACAACUCAUCCAUCCUAUUUUUUCUUAUUCUCGUCAUCUCGACGGCACUUGUAAAUGGUCAAACCGACACCAUUACUGACACUGCAACUUCCAGCACCACCAGCGCUGCUGCACCUGCCACCACGAAUGGAAACUCAAUUGAUAAGUGUCUAAAAGACAAUAAUUGCGGUACUGAUCAAGCUUGCCGAGCUAAAUGUGCCAAAGUACCAGAUCCCAGCGCAUCCGACGUUGAUGCUACUAAUCAAUGUGUUGCGAAAUGUGAUCAAAAAGCUGCGCCAGAUGUUUACAAAGCAUGUGUGAAUAACUGUUAUCAAAUUUAUUUCCCCAAUUCCACCGCCGUAUCGCCAAGUGGAACCACUCCUGCAAGCGGCGUCAACUCCGUAAACACUGCAAGCUCUUCAGCUACUGGUUCUGGUUCCGAUGCAGGUGCAUCGGGCUCUCCAUCUCCUAAGUCUGCCGCCGUCUCCCUCCGACAGGAGAACCUCUAUCCCUUAAUGUUGUUGUUAAUAAGUGUGGUCGCUGGAAUGUCUGGAUUCUUUUUUGAAAUAAUUUAA